CCUCGCCCCGUCCGCGGCGGCGGCGGCGGCCCCGCCCCGGCCCCGCCGUGACCCCGCGGCCGAUCACUUCCAGGGCGGCCCCGGCUCCCGAUUUGAAAAUGCAGGAGCGGCUGCUGGUGCUGCUGUGCGCGCUGGCGCGGCGGCGGCGGGCGGGCGGGCGGCGGGCCAUGGCCGGAGCCGGAGCCGGGGCCUGGGACGGGCCGCAGCGGCGCGCCUGGCUCCGGCACUACUACAGCCAGCGGCAGAAGCGCCUCAUGACGCUCCUGAUCGCUCGCCGGAGGAGAACCAGCUGCUACUUCUACCCCCGCGCCUGGCCCAGCGUCAGGAGCGCAGACUGGUGGGAGCGGGUGGUCCUGAAGGAGUUUGGACCCCAGGACUGGCUGGAGAAGUUCCGGAUGUCCAAGGAGACCUUCUUCUAUGUCUGCAACCAGCUGCGGCCUGGACUGGCUCCGCACAGCGCCCACUUCCACCCCACCCUGCCCCUGGAGAAGAGGGUGGCCGUGGCCCUGUGGCACUUGGCCACCAACGUAGAGUACCAGACUCUCAGCCCGCUCUUUGGCGUGGGGCCCUCCACGGUGCAGACGUGCGUCCGGGAGGUGAGCUACGCCGUCGUCUUGCUGCUGAAGCCCCUCUACCUCCGGCUGCCCAACGAGAAGGAGCUGGAGAACAUGGUGCGCAUCUUCCGCACCCGCUGGGGCUUCCCACACUGCAUCGGCGCCCUGGACAGCCUUCACAUCCCCAUCCACCCGCCCCUGCGCCUCAGCGCCGACUACUGCAACGGCCAGGGCUGGCACUCCAUCCUGACGCAGGCCACCGUGGACGGGCUGGGCCAGUUUUGGGACGUCUCCACCGCUUUCCCCGGCAGCAUGGAGAACAGCGCGGUCCUGGAGAGCUCCAGCCUGUGGGUGCUGGCCAAGGAGGGCCGGCUGUGCCCCAACCCACCCAAGCACUUCAUGGGGAAGGCACAGAAGUACGUGCUGCUGGGCGAUGCCACCUACCCCUUGCAAGACUGGAUCCUCAAGCCCUACCAGGAGGAUGAGAACCUCACCCAGCGGCAGCUGCAGUUCAACUACCGCCUGAAGCGGGCACACAGCGUGAUCGAGAACGCCUUCCUGCGCCUGAAGGCACGCUGGCAGAUCCUCCUGAAGUGCGACGACUGCAGCCUGGAGCUGCUGCCCACCCUCGUCCUCGCCUGCUGCAUCCUGCACAACGUCUGUGAAGCCCACGACAACCCCUUCAACGAGGAGUGGCUGGAGGGCACUGAACCGACCGAGUUGCCCAAGCCCUGCCAGCCCGCACCUGCCGCCAUGGAGGACGGCCGGGCCGAGCAAGUGCGCGAGCUGAUGUGCCAGUACUUCGAGAGCUGUGGGGAGGGCUGACGGGGCCGGGGGUGAGAAGCAGC